AUGGCGCCGACUUCCUCUAUUCUUUGGCGCAACCUUCGCGUCCACCAGAUAUACGGUGCCAAUACGGACGUUGGCAAGACAGUAUUCACGACUAUCCUUUGCAAUGCGGUUGCGAAACGCUAUAAGCGCGAUCAGACUUUCUUCCUGAAACCCGUCUCUACAGGCCUGGCUCAAGAGAGUGACAGCUGGUCUCUCCUGAGUGCCAUCUCGGAGCAUAUUGCACGUCGCGCCGAGCAUGGGCCGGGCUGGCUCUUCCUCGAGACAGCCGGAGGGGUGCACUCUCCCGGCCCAUCCGGGACGACGCAAGCCGAUCUCUACACCCCGCUCCGGGCCCCUGUGGUUCUCGUGGGCGACGCCAAGCUUGGUGGCAUCUCCCAGACAAUCGCCGCUUUCGAGGCCCUGAAGAUUCGGGGCCACGACAUUGAGGCGGUAUUGCUCUUCCGCGACCUCGAAUACAAGAACUACGUCUACUUGAGAGACUACUUUCAGACACGCGGCCACGUUCCUGUCGAGACGGUCUCACCGCCUCCUGCACAAUGCGAAGACGAUAGCUCCGAGACAGCAAGCAUGCUGUCGUACUAUGAUUCGGCGAGCUCUGAGGACGGGAUGGCUGGCAUUCUCCAUGCGCUUGAUCAGCGUGCGAAGGAUCGCAUUGCCCGACUUGACAGCAUGCGAGACAAGGCAAGCAAUACUAUAUGGUAUCCGUUCACACAGCAGAAGCUGCUUACUCCAGAUCGCAUCUCCGUCAUUGACUCGGCACACGGAGACUACUUCCAAGUCCUUGAUUCAGAAUCCCAGUCAUCCUCUAACAGGCCUCUUCUGAAGCCCGCAUUCGACGGCUCUGCUUCGUGGUGGACGCAAGGUCUCGGCCAUGCCAAUCCGCAGUUGACGCUGGCGGCCGCAUACGCGGCAGGUCGGUAUGGCCAUGUCAUGUUUGCUGAGGCCAUUCAUGAGCCCGCCCUCGCCCUCGCCGAGCUGCUUCUGAAGGAGUUGGGCAAUCCUCGCCUCUCGCGUGUCUUCUACUCCGACAAUGGAAGCACGGGCUGCGAAGUCGCCGUCAAGAUGGGCCUGCGCGCUGCAAGAACCAGAUACGGGUGGGCGCCGGGCGAGCGGCUCGAGAUCCUCGGUCUGAAGGGGAGCUACCACGGUGACACGAUGGGCGCUAUGGAUUGUUCGCAGCCGUGCGCAUUCAACGAGAAGGUUGAGUGGUACGACGGCAAGGGCUUCUGGUUCGACUAUCCGACUGUACAGUGCACGAACGGGAAGUGGACAGUGGCUGUGCCGGAUGCGCUCCGGAACGACCUUGGCGACAGCACUCAGUUUGCCUCUUUGUCCUCCGUUUUCGACCUUGAUAGCCGUACUCGAGACGGUCAAUUCGAGGGUUACAAGCGAUAUAUAAGCGAGACCCUUGAGCAACUCCAUGACCAAGGCCGCAGGUUUGGAGCGCUGAUGCUUGAGCCUGUUGUUCUGGGCGCUGGCGGGAUGCUCUUGGUCGAUCCUCUGUUCCAAAGAGCUCUAGUAGAAGUCGUCCGAGCCUCCUCACACCUCUUCGAAACAACAGCCCCUUCGUCCCCACCAACCAGCGACGAACAUGCCUCCUCCUGGUCAGGUCUUCCCGUUAUUUUUGACGAGGUAUUUACGGGGUUGUAUCGUCUCGGCCGCUUCUCAGCCGCCUCUCUACUCGGUGUCAACCCGGACAUUUCCGUCCACGCCAAGCUGCUGACCGGCGGGUUGGUCCCACUGUGCGCCACCGUGGCCUCGGAGCCGAUCUUUGCCGCGUUCGCGAGCGACGACAAGAGCGACGCCCUACUCCACGGGCACAGUUACACCGCCCACGCCGUAGGGUGCCAGGUGGCACUCGAGUCGCUGAGUGAGAUGCAAAGUCUGGACGCGCGAGGAGCGUGGGACUGGGCCAAGGCGAACGGGUGGUCUGCUGCCCAGACUCCACCAGACACUACCAUGACAGCCGCGUCAGUCAUAAAUAGCUCGAGCUCCGGGGAUUCUUCCGACGUCAAUUAUUCGAAGGGUCUGGUCUGGUCCAUCUGGUCGCGGGACUUCGUCGAGAAUGUUUCGCAAAAGAUGGAUAAAGUCUCCGGCGUGUGGGCCUUGGGUAGCGUCCUCGCCAUCUCGAUGCGUGACGAGAAGGGCAGCGGUUACAAGAGCAAUGCCGCAGUUAGCUUAAGGACAGCUCUCCACAAGGGAGCUGGUUCAUGGAACGCACACACGCGCGUCCUGGGCAACGUCUUCUACGUCAUGGGUGGCCAAAAGACGGAUAAGGAGACGGUGGAGGAGCUGCAGGCUCUCAUAUUGGAUUUUCUUGAUUCAUAA